AUGGCUUCAAAACUAAACUCGAUUAGCUCUCUGCCUCAGAAAGAGCAGGCUGCAGGGUUUAUCGCGCUAUCACAAGAGAUCUUCGCCGGCCCAUCCACUUCUGUUGCCUCAGAUAUUCAUGCUCUGGUCGAAACAGUAGUCAACACAGAUGCAGUGGGGCUUGUCGUUGGGCGGCAAGUGCUUUCUGAGCUUGUGAAAGUUCUCGGCGACGGCGCAGUAAAGGACGAAGACCUAUACAAGAGCAUCGUUGAAGACACACUUAGUAUCGUUCAACCCCGCAUUGUCAGCUAUGAAGAACAGGCACGUUUCGUUGUCAACAUCCUUCGCUUUCAGCUAGCAGACAUCUUGGAGAAGGAAGAAGAGUGGAGUGAAGCUGCACGGGUUCUCAUGGGGACAUCUCUCGACUCUGGCCAACGUUCAAUGGCCGAUGGAGACAAACUGCGCGUAUACGUCAGAAUAGUCCGACUACUUCUCGAGGACGAGGAUUCUGUCCAAGCAGAAACAUAUUACAAUCGCGCCGCAUUGCUUGUCCACUCCACCAACGACAAAGAAACCUUACUCCAAUUCAAACUCUGCCAGGCACGGAUAAGCGACUAUAGCCGCAAGUUCCUCGAGGCCAGCCAGCGAUAUCAUGAGUUGAGUUAUGUGGGUGAGAUCGAUGAAGAAGAGCGACAACACAUGCUCUCUGCUGCUGUCACUUGUGCUGUCCUAGCGCCUGCUGGUCCCAAUCGAUCUCGUGUAUUGGCUUCCCUCUACCGUGACGAGCGAACAUUGGAACUCCCUACAUAUAAUGUCCUUUCCAAAAUGUUCCUCGACCACAUUCUCCGAUCGACAGAAGUAAAGUCUUUCGAGGCUACGCUCAAACCGCAUCAACUGGCCAAAAUUGCUAUUUCGUCCAACGACCGCCUUGCAUCUGCUGGUCAGGAUGACGAUCCAACUAGCUCUAAUGAGCCUGCGAUCAGCACAAGAACAGGGCCUUCCACCGUGCUCGACCGUGCUGUUAUGGAGCACAACCUCCUUGCUAGCUCGAAAAUCUACAACAACAUCACUUUCCGUGGACUCGGCGCCUUGCUAGACUUGACGCCGGGGGCAGCAGAGACUAUGGCCCGGAAAAUGAUAGAACAAGGUCGUCUGCGUGGCUCGAUUGACCAGGUCGACAAGCUCAUUUGGUUUGAGAGCAGUCGCGAGGAGGACGAUGCUCAAGGCAAAGCCGGUGGUUUGGGUGAUGUAGAGGAGGCAGAAGAUACCGGCGCACCCUUCACAAAGCGAUGGGACAAUCAGAUACGUUUGACAGCGGCAAACGUCGAGUCGAUUGUCCAACACCUCUCUGAGAAAGGUCUCGUUUCGGUAAAUGCAUAG